CCCCCUGCCCAAUCUCUCCACACAUUAAAAGCUUAGUAGUCCUUCCCCAGCCACUGCACCAGCCUGCAGGAGUGGACUGGGCUUCUCCCAUGCCAGGGAGGAGGGGAAGGUCCAUCCAUACCAUCUUCCUUCUGAUCCUCCAGCACUGAGCAGAGCCCCGCUGGGCUGGGGGCACGCAGUCCCAUCCUGCCCUUGUUGGAGCCUUGUGCCCCUGGGGGUCACCAGAGCUGCCCUCAGAGUGAUGAACCCAGCCUGCUGCAGGAUGCAGACCCUAGCCUGGCUGGGCAUCACUAGCCUGUGUCUGGGGGCCACUUGGGCUGUCCCAGCCAAGGAGAGAAGGAAGACGGAGAAGCCAAAAGCUGAUCUUGCACUCUAUGGAAAUCUGGACAACUAUGACCUGACGGACAACUACGGUGAAAUCCUUGACCUGAGCAACUAUGAGGAGCUCUAUGACUAUGGUGACCUUGCUCCAAAGAUCGAGGUUGGCACCCUGGCUCCUCGACCCAAGGACCGCAUGGCUCUCCCAAACCUGGACACCGUGCCUGAAACCCCAAAGCUGCAGCCUCUGAGCACCACCAGCCCCGUUUACCCAGCACCCAUCCCCAUGCAGGGCCUGCCCAGCUGCCUGCUCUGCCUGUGCAUCGGCACCUCUGUCUACUGCGACGAUGCCAACCUGGAGCACAUCCCGCUGCUGCCACGGGAGACAACCUACCUCUAUGCCCGCUUCAACCGCAUUGGUGCCAUCCGGGCCAGUGAUUUCACCGGGCUGAAGAAGCUGAAGCGAAUAGACCUGAGCAGCAAUUUCAUCUCCUGGGCAGAUGCGGAUGCCUUCCACCUGCUGCCCAGCCUGCAGGAGCUCAUUCUACCUGAGAACAGGCUGACAGCGUUGCCCGAGCUGCCCCGCAGCAUCAUCCACCUGGAUGCCCGUCUCAACAGGAUCCCCAGCACCGGCCUCCGACCUGAAGCUUUCCGGGAUCUGAAGCAGCUGCAGUUUCUCCAUCUGUCCGAUAACCAGCUGGACUAUAUCCCAGCACCCCUGCCUGAGAGCCUGCGCUCCCUGCACCUCCAGCACUCUGGAUCUGAUUUUGUCCAUUGCCUCCCCGGCCAGAACAACAACAUCCAGACCAUGCAUGAGGACACGUUCUGUGACAGCCGAGACCACAGCCAGAUCCGCAGGGCACUGGAGGACAUCCGCCUUGAUGGCAACCCCAUCAACCUCAGCCUCUUCCCCAAUGCCUAUUUCUGCCUUCCCCGCCUGCCCACGGGCCGCUUCUUCUGACCCCCAGACUCCCUUGGACCCUGCUGCCUCAAGGAAAAUGUGGGGUUAAAACAAGUGCAUUUAACCCUGGUGUGAGCUGAGCCUCCGUUUAAGGGUGAACUCAGUUCUGGGGCAAAAGGAGCAGGGGAUGGGCAACUCUAAUAAAACCAAGACUUUCA